AUGGAAUAAAUUGCACUGGUUGAAAACUAGACUAAUACCACAUAUUAAAGAUAAGUUCAAGAGCGUGAAUCAGAUGACACGUACGCUGAAAUCGUUUAGAAAUACAAGAAGUCAAAAAUGGUACCUUGGAGAAAGUUUGUUGAGACUCCAAGUUUUAUGAAACUUGUUGGAUAACUUACGAAUGAAGAUGUCAUAGAUCUUGCUUGUGGUGAAGGAUUCUAUACUAGAAAAUUGAGAUAAAUUACUACUGGCAAAGUCUUUGGACUUGAUUAUUGCUAAAAUUUUAUAAAAAUGGCAAUAUGGUAGCAAGGUGCUGCUAAUGAUAUUGAUUUCAGAUAAGUAGACUGCUCUCUUCCAAUCACAAAUAUACCAUAUCAGUUUGAUUUAGUCACCCCUACAUUUCUAUUAUAAAAUGCUCAGUCUGAGGAAAAGUUUGAAUAGAUGGUGCAAAACAUAUGGAAUUUAUGCAAACCAGGAGGACGGGUUUGCGGUUUGAAUGGCAGUCCUUUCAUUCCUAGAGAAUAAUUUGACAAGGAUGAGAAAUAUGGUUAAGUUUUGUCAUCAAAUUCUGAUUCCUACUAUAAGAAUAAUGCCUCAGAAUACUCUGUCAGAUUAUUUGAUAAAGUUGCUGAUUUAGAUAUUUCACUCAAGGUUAUGUGGUUUUCAGGGGAAUACUAUGAGUAAAUUUUCAAAAAAGUCGGCUUUCAAAACUUUAGAUGGGUAUAGAUGGAAUUAUUUGAAAAUACUGACGAUAUUGAGUACUGGAAAGAUUUCCUUACAAAUGGCCUUAUCUUAAUGUUUGAAGCAUUUAAACCCUUAAUAAUGAAUUGA